GGCCCCGCCCGCGGGAGCCCCCACACCCGGACACCCACCCUUGUACUCCCAACACCCCCACAACCGACACCCUCGACCACCCAAAACCACCCACCCCUGUAUCCCUGACACCCCGACUCCGACAACCACCCCACCGUUACCCACGUCUGCACCCCCAAUACCCUCACAUCAAUCUCUGUCACCAUCCCCACCACCCCACCGUCACACCCAGUUAUGCCCCCUGCCACCCCUGCUGUCACCCCCUCAAUCACCUCCCCUCAGCUCCUCAGUCACUCCCUUACCCUGUCCUCUGUCCCUUCUUCCCCAGCACCAUUCCUCGCUGACUUUCCACUGUCCCCUGCCACAUCCCUGCUUCAGGCGACCCUGCUGGGAAAGAACCCAGAUCCCUGGGAAGCUCUCACACUCCCCCAGGACUACUCAUCUACCCCCUGGCUUCCCUCAUCCUUCCUCUGAGCCCACCUCAUCCGCCUCCUAGGACCUCCUGGGUGCCCUCGUCCAUCCCAGGGAAUUCCCAUCCAUCCCCUGGAUCCCCCUCACGCAUCCCCUGCAUUUGCUGGAGGGGGAAAAAGACGGACUAUGGUGCUCAACCUGACCCACCCUCUGUCCCAUCGGGGCAGCCAUCUCCCGUUGCACUCCCCUAGUGAGCAGCCCCUGGUCCCUUGGAAAUGGCCUGGAGCGAGCCCUGGAACCCUGAAGAAUUGUUUUAAAGUCACUUUUGGAGAUUUUGGGAAGAAGUGGGCCCUCGCCUACCUGCGCACAGAGUGUCAUGGCUACUUCGCGUCCCGUGGCGCCGGCUCGGGGGACAGCUGGAGGCCAACGUCGGGAAGGAUGGGCGGUGGCAGGACGGAGACGGCCAGACGGCGGCGGCAGGAAAAAUGCCGUGCGGGGGAAACGCGCGGCGCAGCCCGCACUGAGGUCACGGCGAGGUGCUUUUCGCAGAGGAACUUGUUCGGCAAAAGGUCACGGCAGCAAGAUUUGUCACCCGGCAUCCCCAGCCUGCCUGACCCCCUAGCCCGGCUCCGGCGCGAAGGCUCCGGGGUUUUACGGCGGGCUGAGCCGGCGGGGCGGGGAUGGGCGGCUUCUCACUGCGGGGAAUUCACCCGGUGCCGGGGAAAUCCUCGCCGUCAGAGCCGGGCGCAGGGACCGAGCAGUGACACGGCGGCCAAGCCGCACUGGUCUGCGAACAUCGGCACGGAAAACUUGGUGAUGUCAUCCAUAGAAGAAAAAUCCUGUCUGCAUUUCCUGAAUGAUGGUGACCUGGCAGCAGGACGUGCUGUUCCCAAAGGGACAGGAAACCUGCACCAAAGGCAUGCUUGGAACGCCCGCCGUGGGACGGGACCAGGGGGCUGCUCCCAGUCCCGCUGUUGCGACAGCCCGGCUCCACUGCACGGCCCGAGGAGAAAGUCUUGCACCCCGCUAAUGUCCCACCUCCGGAGCUGCUUUCUCCUGUUCCCUGGGAGCCGGGGCCAGGCGUGCUGCGGUGACAGAUGACAAAUGCAAACCCCCGGGCAGUCCUGGCAUCUGAUUUCCGAGCAAUGCCUGGAUCAUCACCGUCACCGGGAUCUGGCCACUCAUACUGCGCUUUGUCAUGGGAAGACCCCACAAAAAUCCGCCUGGGGAGCGUUAACUUUGUGCCCUCUCGCUUCAGAAAUGACGAGAGCAGGAGCAGUUUUUCAUGCCUUUACUCCGACUGCCUAACUUUCUGGGUGAUUCUGAUGCAGUUUAGGGAUUUUCAUCGAAACACAGAAUAUCCCAAGCUGGAAGGGACCCAUCAGGAUCCCCCAGCCCAGCCCCUGGCUCUGCCUAGACCCUCCACCAACCCCACCCUGGGCAUCCCUAGUGGAAUAAACAGGGCAGGAGA